ACAGCGAUUCUCUGCCACUCUGCAACUCUGGGGCCCGUCAUCGUUAGCAAUUUUUGCCAGGACAUUGCAACAGAAAACUGCUAAACGCGAAACAAGUUGCGGCGUUUUUUCUGCUCCUCGGGUUCUCGUCUCCUUGUCCUCUGUUCCGUUACGUUCUGUUCAGCCGUGCUGCCAGGAUCAGGCUGCAGGCAUCAGGCAGAAAACAGAAGGCAAGGCCAAUCCAGUAGGCAGUGCAAGGCAGGCAGGCAGGCAGUCGGCAGGCAGGUCGCCACUUCUCGCAGUCUUCUUCGCAUCUGCAUAAAUCACGCCACCGAAGCUGUGGCAGUAGCCGUAGCAGAAGCAGUAGCCGGAGCAGAGGCAGAGUCAGAGUCAAGAAAAAAAUACAUAGAAGACUAUCAAGACAUAGACAAAGAGUUAGUGAGAAGGAGCCAGAGACACGGGCAGAGAAAGAGAGAGUGCCGAGUGCAGAGUGCCAAGUGAAAGUAAAAGUGAAAGUGUGUGCAAAAUGACUUGAAGUGCAAGUGGUGCUGAGGUAGAGCAGAACAGACUAGACACCCCGCCCCACCCACAGAAGCCCCCUCCCACUAGACGUAUACGCAAUUUGCCUUCAGCAUGCUGCCACGACACUCAUCCGCCCCGUUGGCCCGCCAACCGAGACUCGGGCUGGGGCUUGAGCAGAUGUCGAAGGCGAUGCCGUCUUGAAUCCAAAAAAAAAAACCCGCCUAAAUAACUGCACAACAAAAUAAUUAUAUUAAAAAAAAAACAAAAAAAACCGGCUUGCGCCAAAAGACAAUGUAAACGCCGGCCCUAGAAUGUAGCGCAGUUUUUUCUUCAUUUCCCAAACUAACUAACAAAACCAGCCAGCCAACAACAAAUAACAAAAUAGACAAAGUCACAUUUUUGCCAGAUAUUGAUAAUAUUAAUCACUUGAUAAUUAGCGCCAAUCAACGCAACAUUUCGUUCGUAAUCAACAACAACAAGCAAGCAACAAACUCCAACAACAAGAACAAGACAACAACCAGCAAGAAAGAUCAGCAGGAAAGUCACAAGUCACAAGAAGCCAAGAAGCAAAACAGAAAAUAAGCAGGCACCAUCAGAUCAGCAGUCAGUCAGUAACGUCAGAUUAGUCCGGAUAAAUAUAACGAAGAAAUAAGAUAGAGUAACUCCAGUUUCAGUUCCGCACCGAUUCCGAUUUGAGCCAAAAUUAAAACGUCUGAAUUUGAUUUCAACCGUCUCGCGUAUCGUCUGGCCCCGUUCCUUCUUCAAGUCUCGGCCACAGGUUCGUCAUCGUUCCGACACAAUCUCAGUUUUUACAAAUUCAGACGUAGAUCUUUAGUUGAUUCACCUUUUGUAUUCCGCAUUUCGGCAAACAACUAUUUGGAAACGAUCCAAGGAUAUAUCGAAGAUAUAGAAAGAAAAAAGGGAAGGAUAAAGAAAGAAGAGGAUAGAGAAAUUUGAGCAAAAGUCAACACUCGAAAUCGAAAACUACGAAAUUACCUGAAAAUUUUUAAACAACCAAAAAGUCUAUGAGAGCAACAAAAAUUACACGCAAAAUUUUACAAGUGCAAAAUUUUCUUAUAAUAAUUUAUCAAAAAUAAAAAAAUUAUUAAACAAAAAUCUUAACAAAAAAAGGGAGAGGAGGACUACACUAAAUAAAUGAAAAAAUUGAACUCUAGUGAAAAGUAAUCAAACAAUUUAGAGAGGACAUAAAACGCAAACGGAAUAUCAAAAAUUGUUGUGAUGUGAUAUUUUUUCGAUGAACUUUUAUUUAAGGGUUACACCAUAUCGAGAAGUUAUCCAAUGAGAAAGCCGCUUAAAUUUUGGAGGAUCUAUGAUGGACGACAGAGAGAAAUAACGCUUUGUUUGUGAAAAGAUUUUUUGAGCGCAAGCAAGGAUUAUUAAACGAAUACCAAACUAAAACCAAACCAACUAAAGCCCCAAAACGACAAAAAAAUAAAUAAAAAAUCGACGAAAAAAAAACGAAAUAAAAAUUAAAGAUACAUCUCGAACUCUUUCGCAAGUUUUUGAGCCAAAAACCAAAAAUAAAAAAACAAGGAAAGCAUCGAAAACAUUUUUGGAAAGCUACCAGAAAAAUCAAAGCGAAGAGAAGCAACAAACUGGAAGGGAAAACAGAAGAAGACCAGCGAGGAAAUACAAAUCAAAUCUAAAUAAAAUUAAAUGCAAAGGACAUUCGCAUGUGUGUGGUGGUGGAAAGAAAAUUCAAAACAAAAUUCACAAUUAGAAAACGGAGAAAAAAACGUAGAAAACGCAGACGCAAAAUCAAAGCAGAGAGUGCCAGCCAAGAAUUUUGAACUUUGAACAUUUCGACCAAAAAAGUUGAGCGAUAGCAAAAUUUCAACGUUUGGCGCAACAGCAACAACAACAAGCAAGGACAUCAAGGAUUGCAGGAGCGAAAGGUUUUGAAGGCGCAACACACAUCGAUAUACCUUCAUACAUACCACUAGGACUUGAACACUUGGAAUAAGAAUCAGUACCGGAUAGGGAUACGGGCGCAUCUGGAGCUAACAUAUUUGAGAAGAAAUUUGCCUAGAUUUGCCAGGACCUUAAUCACACAAGCACACUUCGCGGCGAAUUCGGCCACUGGAGAGAAGGGAACAAAAAGAAAGCCGAGCAGGGGAAAUUCCGGGGAGAGGCCAGCCAAUCCGGGAAAGUCGAGUCGUUGUCGAGGGGAAAAGGCAAGGCAGCAGUAGAGCAGAGAGAGAGAAAGCUGAGCGAGAAGGGAGAGAGCUGCUGCUGCUGCUGCUGGUGGACAUCAUCUUAUGAUGUCAUCAGAGGAGUACGAGGCGGACUGUUUUGGUUUGUACAGCGAUGAGAACAACGUGCUGCUGAAGGCGACUGGAGAACAGCCGGAGCACCAGAUAACAGCCCCAAGCACCAAGCAGCAACAGUCGCCGCCGCAACAGCAACAGCAACAGCAACUGCAACAACCACCGCUAAACGGACAUACGACCCCAACACUAAUACAUCUAACAAACGGCAGCGACAUUUUUGCGGCGAAUUGCGGCGACACCAAUACUAAUACUAAUACUAAUACUAAUACCAAUACCAACAGCAACAGCAACAACACGGAAGAGCAGGAGAGCAAGAGAGAGCAGCAGCCGUCGAAGCAGCAGGCAAGGCAGCAGGCAGCCCACGACAAGGAAAAGGAGAAAGUUAACGACGACGAGGGCGAGUCUGACGAUUCCGACGACGACGUCGUUGUCGUACUCGAAGGUUGCAACAACAGCAACAGCAACAGCAACAGCAGCGCUAGCAGCAGCAGCAACAACAACCAUAAGACAGCAACAGCAACGACGGCGACAGCAACGGCAACGGCAACGGCAACGGCCAACAACUGUAAUCGUGGCAGUGGCAGCGGCAGCGGCAGCAACAUCAGCGGGGGUCUCAGUCGCAGUCAUCGAAGCGGCCGGAGUAGUCGGCAAAUCAGACAGUCAACGGCCGUCGGCAAGACAACAACGUGCGCGGCUAAAAAAUCAUCCGGAGUGACUUUAGUUCCGAUUCCAGCCAAGAACUCCAACGUCGUAACUUCGAUCGGAAGUAACGGAAAUAGUAAUAUCAAUAGUAAUAGUAAUAGUAACGGGAACGGGAACGGAAACGGAAACGCGAGUGCUAAAGUGAAUCGUCGUUCGCGCCACACAUCCUUGAGCAAAGACAACAGCAGCAGCAAUAGCAACAGCAACACUAGCCAAACUAGCAACACCAGCAACACUGCUGGCUUCAUGAGUAGCGCUGCCGCGGCUGCUGCGGGUGCCGCUGGUGGAGGAGGAGCCCUGUUCCAACCCCAAUCGGCCAGCACGGCCAACACGAGUCCUUCGGGCCUGGGACUGAGCCAAGCGACAAUUCCCAGCCACUCGCCCACAAGCAACUCACCGGUUUCGGGUGCCAGUUCCGCGUCGUCCUUGUUGACGGCCGCCUUUGGCAACCUGUUCGGGGGAUCCUCGGCCAAGAUGCUGAACGAACUGUUCGGCCGCCAAAUGAAGCAGGCCCAGGACGCCACCAGUGGCCUGCCCCAAAGCCUGGACAACGCCAUGCUGGCCGCCGCCAUGGAGACGGCCACCAGUGCCGAGCUAUUAAUCGGCAGCCUGAGUUCCACGUCCAAAUUGUUGCAACAACAGCAGCAGCAGCUCAACAACAAUACCGCCACAACAGCAAACACAACGCCGCUGAGCAACGGAACCAAUGCCUCCAUCUCGCCAGGAUCGGCCCACAGCUCCAGCCACUCGCAUCACGGUGUCUCGCCGAAGGGAAGUCGACGGGUUUCGGCCUGCAGUGAUCGCUCCCUCGACGCCUCGGCAGCCGAUGUUGCUGGUGGAUCUCCUCCGAGAGCGGCAUCCGUGAGUUCUUUGAACGGCGGAGCUAGCAGUGGAGAACAGCAACAGCAACAGCAGUUGCAACACGAUCUCGUGGCCCAUCAUAUGCUGCGCAAUAUCCUGCAGGGUAAGAAGGAGCUCAUGCAACUCGAUCAGGAACUCCGCACGGCCAUGCAACAGCAGCAACAGCAACAGCUCCAGGACAAAGACCAGCUCCACUCCAAGCUCAAUAACAACAACAAUAUAUCGGCAGCUGCCAACAAUAACAACAACAACACAAUGGAGAGCAUCAACCUCAUCGAGGACUCCGACAUGGCGGACAUCAAGAUCAAGAGCGAGCCCCAGACGGCGCCUGCCCCACAGCAAUCGCCGCACGGCAGCAGCCACAGCAGUCACAGCGGGAGCGCCAGUGGCAGCCACAGCAGCCUGGCCAGCGAUGGCAGCCUGCGACGCAAGUCCUCGGACUCGCUAGACAGCCACGGCGGCCAUGAUGAGACCGAGCAGGAGGAGCAAGACCCCAAUCGCCAGAGAUCCCAGAGCCGUGCUCCGGAGGACCCGCAGCUACCCACCAAGAAAGAAGCUGUGGACGAUAUGCUGGACGAGGUGGAGCUGAUGGGUUUGCACUCGCGGGGAUCCGAUCUGGAGAGCCUGGCCUCGCCCAGCCACUCGGACAUGAUGCUGCUGGACAACAGCAAGGACGAUGUCCUGGAUGACGACGAUGACGAUGAUUGCGUGGAGCAGAAACGCGACCCCUCCACAUGCCUUAAGAAACCGGGCAUGGACCUCAAGCGGGCCCGCGUUGAGAACAUUGUGUCCGGCAUGCGAUGCAGCCCCUCAUCAGGACUCGUCCAAGCUGGCCAGCUCCAGGUAAACGGCUGCAAGAAGCGCAAACUCUACCAGCCCCAGCAACACGCCAUGGAGCGAUAUGUGGCUGCAGCUGCCGGCCUGAACUUCGGCCUCAAUCUGCAGAGCAUGAUGCUCGACCAGGACGACAGCGAGUCUAAUGAGCUGGAGUCACCGCAGAUCCAGCAGAAGCGCGUGGAGAAGAACGCCCUCAAGUCGCAGCUGCGAUCCAUGCAGGAGCAGCUCGCCGAGAUGCAGCAGAAAUACGUGCAGCUGUGCACGCGCAUGGAGCAGGAGAGUGAGUGCCAGGAGCUCGAUCAGGACCAGGAGCAGGAGCAGGAUCAAGAGCCGGAGCCAGAGCAGGAACAGGAGCCGGACAACGGCAGCAGCGACCACAUCGAGCUAUCGCCAUCGCCCACUCUGACCGGCGACGACGAUGUGAGUCCCGCCCACAAGGUGGAAGCUCCGGGCUCCAGUUCCCCCUCGCCAUCGCCCCUCAAGCCGAAGACGGCGCUGGGCGAGAGCGGAGACUCCGGUGCCAAUAUGCUGUCCCAGAUGAUGAGCAAGAUGAUGUCAGGCAAGCUACACAAUCCACUCGUCGGCGUGGGCCAUCCUGCCCUGCCGCAAGGAUUCCCACCGCUGCUGCAGCACAUGGGCGACAUGUCGCAUGCCGCAGCCAUGUACCAGCAGUUCUUCUUCGAGCAGGAGGCGCGCAUGGCCAAGGAGGCCGCCGAGCAGCAGCAGCAACAGCAACAGCAGCAACACCAGCAGCAGCAACAACAACAGCAGCAGCAGGAGCAGCAGCGUCGCUUCGAGCAGGAGCAGCAGGAACAGCAGCGGCGAAAGGACGAGCAGCAGCAGCUGCAGCGCCAGCAACAGCACUUGCAACAACUGCAGCAACAGCAGUUGGAGCAGCAGCAACAUGCCGCCAAUGUCGCCCCGCGACAGCAGCAGAUGCACCACCCGGCCCCCGCCCGACUGCCCACUCGAAUGGGCGGGGCUGCGGCCCACAGCGCCCUCAAGUCGGAGCUGUCGGAGAAGUUCCAAAUGCUGCGCAGCAACAACAAUAGCUCCAUGAUGCGCAUGUCCGGCACGGAUCUGGAGGGACUCGCCGAUGUCCUGAAGUCCGAAAUCACCACCUCGCUGUCCGCCUUAGUGGACACCAUUGUGACCCGGUUCGUCCACCAACGGCGACUCUUCAGCAAGCAGGCGGACUCCGUGACCGCAGCCGCCGAACAGCUGAACAAGGACCUGCUGCUGGCAUCACAGAUCCUGGACAGGAAAUCGCCGCGCACCAAGGUGGCAGACCGGCCCCAGAACGGACCAACACCCGCAUCCCAAUCAGGUAAUAAUGGUUCACUACUCCUAGCUAAUAGUCAGAUGCCCGCCCAGCCGUCCGCGAAUGCGCAGCAGCAGUUGCAGCAGGCUCAGGGAUCCCAGCAGCAACAGCAGCAGCCAGGAUCGCAACAGCCACAGCCAAGUUCGCAGCAGCAGCAGCAGAAUGUGGUGCAGCAACAGCCGCAUCCGUUGAUGCCGCCCAACUGUCAGCAGCUAAUAGCUGCUCCCCGGUUGAAUGGGAGCCAGUUGUCCUUCGCCUCGCCCGCGGCUGCUGCAGCGGCUGCCAUGGGCCUGCAGAUGCACCAUGCCGCCGCCGCCGCGGCCAUGUCCGCCCAGCAGCAGCAGCAACAACAGCAGCAGCAGCAACAGCAACAACAGCCGGGCGAUCCUGGCAUGAAUACUAAUCCGGCUAGCGGGCCAACAAACCCCACUAACAAUAGCUUAAGUACCCUUAAUAUUCCACCUCCUCACAUUCGUCCUUCGCCCACAGCGGCUGCCAUGUUCCAGGCGCCAAAGACGCCGCAGGGCAUGAAUCCGGUGGCCGCCGCCGCGCUCUACAACUCGAUGACCGGUCCCUUCUGCCUGACGCCCGAUCAGCAGGCCCAGCAGCAGCAACAGUCCGCCCAGCAGCAGCAGUCCGUUCAGAAUCCGCAACAGAGUGCGCAGCAGACGCAGCAGCAGCUGGAGCAGAACGAGGCUCUCAGCCUGGUGGUGACUCCGAAGAAGAAGCGUCAUAAGGUCACAGACACGCGCAUCACACCACGCACCGUCAGCAGGAUUCUGGCCCAGGACGGCGUAGUCCCACCCAACGGCGGAUCCUCGAACGCUCCCCAACAGCAGCAGCAACAACAGCAGCAAAGUGUCCAGCAGCAGCAGCAGCAACAACAGCAACAGGCGGCGAACGGCAACAGCAGCGCCACGCCCGCCCAGAGUCCGACGCGAGGCAGUGGGGGAGUAGCUCCCUACCAUCCGCAGCCACCGCCACCACCACCACCCAUGAUGCCGGUGUCCUUGCCCACUUCGGUGGCUAUUCCUAAUCCCUCGCUGCACGAGUCCAAGGUCUUCUCGCCGUACUCGCCGUUCUUCAAUCCGCACGCAGCCGCUGGCCAGCCCACGGCCGCCCAGUUGCAUCAGCACCACCAGCAGCACCACCCGCACCACCAGUCCAUGCAACUCUCCUCCAGCCCGCCCGGCAGCUUGGGUGCGCUGAUGGAUUCGCGCGACUCGCCGCCGCUGCCACACCCGCCGUCGAUGCUGCACCCCGCCCUCCUGGCGGCCGCCCACCAUGGUGGCUCGCCCGACUACAAGACCUGCCUGCGGGCCGUCAUGGACGCCCAGGACCGCCAGUCCGAGUGCAACUCGGCGGACAUGCAGUUCGAUGGCAUGCAGCCUACUUCUUCUACAUUGACACCGAUGCACCUGCGCAAGGCCAAGCUGAUGUUCUUCUGGGUGCGCUAUCCCAGCUCCGCGGUGCUCAAGAUGUACUUCCCGGACAUCAAGUUCAACAAGAACAACACAGCACAAUUGGUGAAAUGGUUCUCGAACUUCCGAGAAUUCUACUACAUACAAAUGGAGAAAUAUGCACGACAAGCUGUCACCGAAGGCAUCAAGACACCCGAUGAUCUGUUGAUUGCUGGAGAUAGUGAAUUGUAUCGCGUGCUCAAUUUGCACUACAAUCGCAAUAACCACAUUGAGGUUCCCCAGAACUUCCGCUUCGUUGUCGAACAGACUCUGCGGGAGUUCUUCCGUGCAAUACAAAGCGGCAAAGACACCGAGCAGUCGUGGAAGAAAUCGAUUUACAAGAUCAUCUCGCGCAUGGACGAUCCUGUGCCCGAGUACUUCAAGUCGCCGAAUUUUUUAGAGCAACUGGAAUAAGUGGAGGAGCUGGCGCUGCCGCUGCCGUCAGCCAAUUGCAACACCACCAGCAGCAGCAGCACCACCACCGCCACCACCACCGCGAAGGCGAAGCGGAGCAGGCCAAAGUUAAAAGGCUAAACCUGCGCCGGAAGCACGACUGGAUAUGACCAUCUUUCCACGAUCGAGCAAAAAAAAAAACAAGAAAACAACACACAAAGAACUUAGACAUAGCUGAGAGAUUUAAACUCAAAUUGAAAGCAAAAACGCGUUUAGAAAGACACACUGAGCAAAAAUAUUUUAUCAGAAAUUUCCCAACAACAAAAAAAAACACAAAAAACUAAUUAAUACAAACAAACACUAACACUUAUCCUCGGCAAAUGAACAAAAUACUAAACAGUAAGAGCGACAUGAAACUUAGAGCAGCAAGUCUUAAUCUUAUGUGAAAUAGUGCAAAUUGAAACCUGAGCCACACACCUGAGAACACCCACAUACCGAACGUACUUUACAGGCAGUGUAAACUGUACUUGCGUUGGUUUGUUAGUUGAAAUUUUUUUUAAAAAUAUUUACAGCAGAUUACGUUACGUAUACGUAACAUUUAUAUAUUUUAAAAAAUAGUUGAGCCGUCGAAUGAUCUACCGAAAGUUGAUACACAUGAUACAUUCCACAAAACAAAACCACACACAGCCACAACCACAACAACAUUCCACACUAAAUCCACACACACACUAACAUAGGUACAAAGUGUGUGUUCAUUUGAGAGAGCGAAAGCCGCUCCGCCAGGCGGGAAACGGAAAUCGAACUGCUUGGCAGACCGACAUUUCGAAAAGCAGUUCUCCGAGGAUUCCAUCGUGCACAGCUUGCACACUGCUUUCCAAAAGCAAGCGUAGCUCUGACGACCGGAAAUCUGAAACUAAUUUUUUAAUGUCUGCCCCAAAAUUAAGAUUUCUAUAUCCCUAUAUCCCCUAUUAAGCGCUAAGCAUAUAUUCGAUGUCUAUUAAGCGAAACUAAAGCAAAAAAAAAAAAGAUUUAAGAAAAAAAAUAUCAAAUCGCUAAAAAAAACUAUUUAGAUUUUUAAAAAGAGAGAGAUGGAAAGCCAGAGCAAUUUGUACGAGCAGUGGGCGUUAGGGUAGUUAAUUUUAUAAUUUAAAAUACGUUAUGCGAACCUUCGACCAAAGUUAAUUGUUAACGAGAAUCCUUUGAAUACGAUUUAUUUUUAAUCAAUUCUUUUACUUUAGCGCGCCACUUUCGAGCACGCAUCUUAAUUUUAUAGAAUAAUCAACACAAUCACACACACCACACACACACACUAGUCUGUUAUUUAUGUAAAUAAUUUAAUAAUUUAGUUAAGUUAACGUUUAGUUUAAUUAAUUUACUUUACUUGGCCUUGAGUUGCAACAAAACAAAAUAUACACGAAACACCAAAAAUACAAAUUAAAACUAUGGUUUUUUCUUAUUGAUUUUCAAUGUUUUUAAAGCUUAAAAAAAUACUAUUUUGAGUGAAAGGUAAUACCUGGCUGGCUGAGAUCGAUCAUGCACUUCUCACUCAUCAGCACAGCAGACUCAGCAUGGAAAGUGGGCGGGUUUAGAGGGAUAUGUUUGCCUGCUCUCCGUCCGGCGAUUCAUUGGGCAAGGGGCCGGCAAACCCUGUUGUUGCUGCUGCAGCUGCAACACUCCAUCACCAUCUACGAUUGCAGCUGCAACCGAAGCAACAACAGAAAUUAACAUCAUCAACUGCAACAUCAUCGAAGCAUGCAAAUCAUUUGAAUAUUUGGCUCAAGCAAAAUCAUAUUCCUCGACACAAACGAAGCGAAAACGAUCUUUUCGGCCCAACAAUUGCUCCAGGGAGCUUCUUCCAGCCAGCCAGCCAGUUAGUCAGUUAGACAGUUAGUUUUGUUAUCCUGUCCCGCACCCUAGCGCCCUCUGGUGGGAGUGAAAGUGAGUAGAAGACGGAAACACCGCCGCAAGGACCAGGAAGUAGACGAGAUCGCACCCAGCAAACUUUUCGGCCACCACCAACGAUCACGAAAUUUUUAAACAAUAGUUGAAUUUUAGCUAAAACCAAAUUGAAACGAACUAUGCGAGUUUUUAGGCUUAACCAGAGUUCUUAACCCAGAACUGAGCAAAAUUUAAUGGCAUUUUGGCGUUACUAUGACAAAAUUAGACGCGUGUAAGACGGUGAGUUUCCUAGUCUAGAAUGAAAUGAUGGUUCAUCCAAUCGAAAUUGAGUUCGAAAAUAAAAAUUGAUGUUUGGAUAAUUGAUGAAAGUAUCAAAAAACAAAAUGCAUUUGCGAAAUUAGUAUUUAGGUAAACGUACAAAGUAGAAGCAGGAAGAGGCAUUCGCUAAUCGAACUGAAGCUUAAGUUUAUCGCAUUACCCACUUGAGUUCCUUAAACCUAAGUUUCACCAAAAAAAAUUCACAGCAGACAGAAGUCGAAAUUCAAGGGCCCGGGAGAGAUGCGUUAAUUGUUAAUGCCUUUACAAAAUUUAAAAGAAAAAAGAAGGAGGAGGAGGCGACUUUUGGCAAUGGAGUUGAAAUUUGAAAAUGAAAUUUAACUAAAUACAAUUGUAACUGAUUUUGUGAUAAAAAAAAGUAACUAACAACAAACUAAAAAUCGAAAAAUCGAACUAACAUUAUUGUUUCGGAAAAAACCAAUAUGGAGACCCCCAAAUCGGGGGCCUCCAUACGAAAUUAUUGAUUGAUUGUAAAAAUAGUUAAUUGACAAUUGCGAGACGAGCAAAAUUUGAGAGAUGAUGGAAACCAUUUAGGCAAUUUAAGGCGUAUUAACAAUAAACGUUUGGCUAACAAAACAAAACUUUAGGCAAAAUUUUAUCUUUAAGCAAAAUUCGAAAAUAGCGAGAAGCAGCAGUAUCUAGGCCGUCAAAAUUCAGAAAGUUUACAGAGUAAAUAACAUGCAAAUUAUCAUCAUUCAGAGGACCUUUCUGUUCUGUUCUGUUUUUAAGUCAGUUUUAGUCAGCGCUUUCUUUCUUUACCUCAAGGAAGGCGAAUGAACCAGUACACUUGUGUACCGACAAGAGCACACCACACACCACAUACACUCGAUUACUUGCGUAUAUUUAAUGCAACAUACAUAUUUCAUACAUUUAUACUAAACAUAAACAUACAUACUUAAACUUAAGUCAACAAGUCUAGAGGCAACCAGGUCUCGAACGAUAAUUGGUUAAUAAAAGCGAAAUUUAUUGAAAAAAAAAAAAAAAGAAAACACACAUGACGGUGCUUGGAUUUUUAUUUAACAAAAUUAAAGAAACAAAAUGAUUCCCCCUCCACCUUUUGGCUGUUUAUAAACCCCCCCAGCCCCAGUUUUUUUGGUUCACAUCUCCCCCAAUCCCCGUCAGAAGCUUUUGGCAUUUGUGCCCGCAAAAUUGGAACUGAUUGGCAACCACACCACCAAAAAACACCUCACAAACCACUAAAGACCUCACUACCAAAGUCAACUAAUCGGUGGAGCGCAGAGACGAGACGAGAUAAGAAGAGAAGGGUAAGCUAAAUUCAAUUUAAAUUAAAAAAAAAAAACAAUUUCAUUAUAAUGUUAAGCGAUCGACGCAAACCAAGCGCAGCGACACCUGGCGGCGGCGGCCAGCAGCAGCGGCGCAUCCUUCUCCCUUUCUAGCCACGCCCACCACAGUUCGGCCCGUGAUUUUUGGAGCAGCCAAAAUAAGAAAAGCAAUUCAGUUUCUCCAGAGUAAACUUUCGGUGUGGAAAAAUUCCAAAAUGCCAUCAAGCACAUUAGUCAAUAGGCCGCAUCAGUUUCAUUCUUGGUUUUGUGGGUCGACCGCUGAGCUGCUUUCGCGUGGCGCCGCCAGGUACAGUUUACACCCGUUAUGGGCGACGGGAUCUAAGGUAGAUAAGCCUAAGCACAUAGAUUAAGUCCAGCAGCAGAUGGAGAUGAUAAACCGGAAGCGGAAACGGAAACGGAAGCAGAAGCGGAAACACCAAUCAGCGACAUGAAAAAAAAAUACAACGAAUUCACAGCACAGCAAACUAAACUUGAGAAAAUGUAAUUGAAAUCCGAUAAAAAUCCGAUAACGAUAACGAACCGAUUAGGCGAGCAAUCGACUGAUCGAGGCAGACGAUGAAAGCGAGAGCGAGAUGGAAGGCGAGAUAAGUAUAUACCUACUACACGUAAACCAAUUACCAAUUAUAAAUGCAGACGCAGCCAUAUGCAAUUUUAACUAGAUUUUAAAAGCAUUAAUACCGCAGAAUACCAAGCAAACCAAAACUUACCGAUUACUGAACGAAAACCAAAAAUCCAAAAAGCAAAAGCAAAAAUGAUAAGCAGAAAUUGAUCAGAUUUGUACAUAGCGACAUUUAAAUACAACUACAUACACGUAAUUAAAAUAUUACUACAGUUUAAGCAUAAGCAGACCCUCUACCCUAAAAUUUUAAAAGUCCCCCGACUUGGUCGCCCCGUCCCCUUAGCCAGGCAAUCACACAUAGCUUUACUGCAUUGAAAAUGCGCGCAGAACGGUUCCCGGAUAUUAAGGGAAGGAUAGGAUGGAGAUUAGGACAUGUGCCAAAUGCAAAUCGGUAUAUAUAUCAAACAGAUCCCCUUUGGCAAGCCCAAGACAUUAUGACCCAUUAAGACACUCCAACCACACCACAUUGUAGGAUAACUACUUACUCCAAGGUAAAAUCAACGAAACUCUAUUCGUAACUUCAACUUCAACUUAACCAUAAGUUAGUUAAACAUCCUUAGUUUGCAAAACAUCUGAUCACAAGCGAAUAAGAAAGAUAAAAUGAUAAAUGAACAAAAGACACAAUCAAAUUUGCAGUUUUGGUAUACAUACAAUGAAGAAAAUCAAGACGAUAAACGAAAAAAAAAAUCUAUUUAAAAAGGCGAUGAAACAUUCCAAAUACAAUUGCGUUUUUUUAGUAGCAAGCGCGAUUCUCAAAAUUCCCAACAACUUUUGGCCCAACAAAAUUGAAACACCGAAAAUACCGUUUGGAAGUAAAAUUUUUAUCACUUAUUUGGCGUAGGGAGAAUCAGAUAAGAGAGCAGGUAGGAGGAGCAGGUGGAGAGAGUAUAGAAGUUUUGCCGUGGUGCACCCUGAAUGGGGUGGCGCCACAAUUUUCUGUUCAACAAACUGCAAUAGAGCGGCGCACGGGGCGUAUACUUUUCGGCAUGCCUCGGGCGCCAGCGAAACCGGAAUAAGUUAAAUGAUCGAAAUUUUGUGCAAUUUUGCAACAGCAACCAGUGUAACAAGAUAUUUUUCAGUUGAUCAAUCAGGAAUCAAUCUUAAGCAUCCUUAGUUCUGAAGUUUAUGAAGAAGAUGUUAAAACUUUUGGCUUAUGACGUAAACCCAAACUUUCGGCCGCAAUGACAAUUGCUCUUGGAAAUUCAAAAUUCAAAUUGAUAUAUAUACAACAAUCAACAACAACCAACAACAACAUCAAAAAGCACAUGAGAAAGUAUAAAAAUAUAAAGAGAAAGUUGCAUAAAACCCAAUAAACCAAUCAUAAUCCAAUAAAAACAACGAUAAUGAUAACAAUUACCUAAGUAACCGAUAACAGUGAAGCAGAAGUUAGGGAGCAUUUAAUAUUUAGUUAUAACAGCCAACAAUAGCCAGGGAAACAUACACAACUCGUAUGUGAUAUUUUUGAGUUAAUCUCUGACCGUUUUCCACAACCGCAAUAAAUAUUUUUACUCAAAUAUACAAAAAAUUGAAAAAUAAAAAAAAAUGACAGCAACAACAAGCCCAAUUAGAAGCGACAAUACGAUGCAGAAGAUCUAAAGUAACAACAAAACAAAGCACUUCCAGCAGCAACUUUUUUUGGGUUGUCUACACAUAUCAAGAAAUAAAUACGCUAUAUAUACAAUAUAGGAGGCGAUGGGGAGGGAGAGUUUUCUUUGCGUUGAGUCUUUAAGCCAUCCUGAGUUCAAAUUUUACACAGAAUAUAACUGAAUAUUUACCCAUGAUCGAAUAUAAAUAUAAAUAUAUAUACAUAUAAAUCAAUACCAAGACUAAUCCAUAAGUGUUUAUAGUUGAAUUUUGACAGGGAGGCGAGGUGGGAGCUGAGCCAAACCAAAUUAGAUUUUAUGCCACUGUUUUAUUUGCAAUAGAAGAACGUGCCACGCACGAACCGGGAUAAUUUAUAGUACAAUACAAUGCAACAAGCAGACAAAUGCAACAAACGAACCGAAUAACCGAAUAAACAAAUAAGCAACAGCAACCAAUAACUUUUUAUAAAACGAUUUAUAUUUUUAUACUCAAAACGAAAUCAAUCAACAACAACAACCAAGCAAUAGCCAAUUAGCCAAAUAAGCCAAAACUUUUAGUUCGUUCACAGAGGAUUUCAGUUAGUGUUUUAUGAACAACAGCAACAAUUAUGUUUUCAUUUACGAAUCAGCAACCGAGGAGAUCUGGGUGAACCCCACCCUAUACCCGAUGGAUCAGUGGGGGGAAUUUGGCCAAAGACUGAUGCGAUGUUGGAGCACACCACAUAUGAAAUUGCCACAAUAGAAUUGUAACUUAAGGAGAGUUGCAAGUAAAACCAUGAAGACGAAGCCCCGAAGAAGAUGCCUGCCUGCUGAACCCGAGGGAGUAAAGAGAGGACAAGGAACGAGAGGAGUAGCCCAAUUAAAACUUUAAGCGAAAAGUGCCUGCCCGCUGUCAGUCUUUGCCACAAAUUCCCGCCAACAGAUCCUUCAACCAGCCAGAAAAGGGGGGGCCCAAUCCGCCCACCCAGAUCGACUCACAUAGACAACAAGAAUAAGUGAUAAAAACGUUUUGUUUCACAAUUCUCUUACAAGCCACUCAAUCGAAUGAGCCACAAACUUUGCGUGCGUUUAACUGGCUCCAUUCUUGGCAAACCCGAUCCAGGACCCAGCUACCAAUGUAUACUGGGGGCAGGUGGUAACGGCCUGCGAACGAACUGCAAAACUCCUUUUGGUUUACUCUAACACUCAAGCAAACAGUUACAGAUACAGAUGCAAUUGCAGAUGCAGCAGCAAUAAACAGGUGAAAAUUGAGAAAACGCAUAUCGAGAACCGGGGGCACCACAGACAACCCCCAGACAAUAGCCCAGCAAUAUUAUUAUUAUUUCCCACUGGGCGCCCUUUGUAAUCCUUCGAGGAUUAAAGGCGCGCCACCAGCCGUCGUCAACAGAAGUACAACCAAAACGAAAUCGCACCCAUUGGCAACCACCAAGAAGCAAGCAGCCGUUGCCCCAGUCUCCCCCAAAAUACACUCAAAGAAAAAAAAAGACAGUAAACAGUAAUUGCCAGGAACGGGACCAGACGUUUGUCAAAAUUCUACAUGAAAUUUUAUGUAAAACAACUGUAGGAGCAAACGAAAAACGCAAUUCCAACGAGCCACAAAACAGAAUAAAUGAUUUUCAGUUCUACGUUUUUCCUUCUCGGCCAUCGAUCCAAGUUUUGAUCGAUCGCCCGUCCUAUGAUUUAUAUUGAUAUCGGUAUCGGUAUCGAUCGGCAUGCCACCACCCCCAUUUGAUUUAAAAAAAAAAAUCCGAAAUCAAGUGGGCGUGGCAUGUGUACAAUAUGUAAAGUAAUUUAAAUGUAAACCAUAUAAAGAAAACAUGAAGGCGAUAAGCGAACAAAUGAAACAACAAUAUUUAUACAGAGACUGCAAACAAAUGUGAUCAGAUAUUUUAUAAUAUAUAAGUUUACAGAGGAAUCGAGGUCGAGCGAAACAGUCUAUAUAGUGAAUAUAGCCUAUUCAACCGAUACGAUCAAAUCAAAAGCGAACAACAGCGAAAGCACAGAAACAGCAACCACAGUAAGCGUUCAAGCGACACUUAGCGUAACCGUAACAUAAAGAUAAAACCGAUAAACAAAAAAAAACUGAAAUAUUUAUAAUGAUAUUUUUUACAAUAGCAUAUACAACUAAAUAUAGCAAAACGACAAACAAACCGAGCGGGAGCCGCAGCAAUUAUACCACAUACCAGAAUACUAUAUCCUUUCCUGUAUUCCUUUAACCCACAUGAUCCUUGAUCCUUGCGCUGCGGCAUCCUAGCGCAACAGUUGCCUUUCACAGAAACAAUUUACCGUUUAAGUUACCAAUAGUGAAAUAGACAAGCCAGAAACGGUGCCACUGCCUUCGGAGUUAAGUGGGGGCGUGGCACCGCUGUUUUUCCAGCCAGUUUUCAGUUGAGCAUCUCCUUAGUUCGUUCGAAUACAACAACAACAAGCAGAGGGCGGAGCAGAGUUUUUCAGUUAACGGUUCAUACAAAGAUUCUAUUUAGUUUCAAGAGGAAGAGUGAAGAGCGAGUAGUUAAGAGAGAUUAUGAAGCGGAAGUCGGGUAUAAGAAGAAGAAUCAGAAUAAAAGGUAUCCUAAGUCCUAGGAUAUACACACGCACACACUUGUAUGGGUCACGUAUGGUGUUCAAAAACACAGAAACACAUACAUAUGCGACUAGUUUGAUUUGAAGUCGAGUUUUAAGCCUUUUAGUUCGAUCAACAAAGUUUGGCAGCAUUCGAAGUCUGAUUUGAAACAGCAUUGAAGCCAUUUUUGAAAAUUAAGCACUCCUUAGUUCUGAACAAUAGUGCCGGUAACAUUUAUACGAUAAGUGAAACUAUAUAUAGACAUAUAUAUAUAUAAAUAGACAUAUAUAUAAAAUACAUACUCUAGACGUCGUAAUCCGUAUUUCAGCAUAGCUAAAAAAUGUUCUAAAUGUACACUGAUAAAAAAAAAAUAUGAAAAACAAUCCGCUAAAUAACCCAAGCAACAGACUAAUGAAGAAAGGAAGUCAGAAUCGAGUGAGAGCGAGGGGAGACCGUUUGCGCAGCGUUUUCCGAGCGGAGAAUAAUCAGUUAGAAGAUUGCCUGUCCCAGGGUCAGUGACCAUGCCCCUUAACCCCAAAAAUGGCCCCCAAAAGCCCCGUCCCCACAGCACACGAGCCACACUCAAUCACAUUACGAUCCACAACCUUAUAAAUAUAUAUACAACUUAUUACUUAUAUAAGGAAAUAAACUCAAAAGCAAGCAAAACAAAAGAGUAAUAAAAUACAAAUACAAGAUAAUGGUAGUUGCUAUUUUAAAUAUGUAUUACAAAACCAACAAAAACUCAAAAAAAAAAAACCAAAAACCAAAAAAAAAAACAAACAAAGCAAAAAACUAAACAAAAUCAGUCGAAAUAAAAACGAUCUUUAAAGUAUGCAGCAAAAAGCAAAAGUCUCUAAUAAAUGUUAAGCAGGAACCAAAAGCCAACCUAAAAAAAGAACAGCAGCAACAACAGAGCAGAUACAGCAGAAGCAACACCAACAACAGAAAUUCAGUUAAAAAAAAAAACAAACAGAAAUAAAAAAAACAGUCAGACAUACCUAUAUACAUUAAUAUAUAUGCAGUUUGUUCCAAACCAAAGUCAGUACGAAAAAAAUAUAUGAUAUUUGUAUGCUUUUUUACUCACACACCAUAUAAGCCAAGUGGAAAUUGGGAUGAAGCGGCUGCGGGAGGGAUCAGCCUCCAAUCAGCCGCCUUUAGGUUUAAUUUACGCACUCAGAUACACGCCGACACACACUCACAGAGAUACUACGAAAUUGAAUGUCAGCAUAAGUAUAAUCGUAACGUGAAAUCACCUAAAAUUUAUACUCAUAGUUUAGCAGUCGCCGUAAUUGAUUUACAUUUUUUGUCAGUCUCACAGUGCAGAGUCAAACCGCAUAUACAUAGAUGAUCAGCCAAACGAAACAAACUAAGCUAGAUACAAAGAUACAAGAUACCCAAAAACCGAAUCAUAACAUAGAACUCAUCCGCCACGAUAACAACAAGAACAACAACAACAACAACAAAAGAAGCAGUAACUACAACAACUUAAUGCCGUUCAAACCCAAUAACAACUUAAGAAGAUCAGUUCACAGAUGCAUCAGCUUACUUAUUAGUCUUCAAGAUACAUAAUUCAGGAUAGAUAUAAAGAUACAUACACAGCUCCAGAACAUAAUAAUAAUAGCCAACCCCAAUUCAAAAAUAUCUAAAAAGAAGAUAUCAGAAGAAUCAAAAACGAUUUCAGAGUAGAAUUAGAGAAAGAGCAAGGAAAACAUUUCAGCAAGUGGUAGUAUUUCGAAGAACGUUUCAAUAUUUCGGCUUAGAUAUAGACAAAAAAUUACAUCUUUCGGCUCAAAAGCAACGCGCUGCAUUUUGCAAAACAAUCCAAAGCAAAAACCAAUCUUAGAACUUUGCAAAAAGUGCAAAAUAAAAACAAAACGACACUCAAAAGUGAAGUAAAAAUAACUCUCGGCUUAGACUUUGGCGUGAUUUUCGGAAAAAAAAAGAAAAGAAAAAACACAGAUAGACGUAAAGAAGGUGGUAGAUUCUGAUCAGGAUUAGGACAACUUGAAUAAAUACCAAAUGUGACUCAAGACGCGAUGCAAGUUGUCCAGUAACCUUUCGGCUAUAUCUGAUAUCGUGGAUCCACCAAAAAAAUGUGUUUAGGUAUAAGUGUAAAAUUAUAUAUAAAAGUAUUUCGGUAAUGUUCCUAUAUAAACAAAUAAAAACAUACACACUCACAGACAGACACGCGCACACACAUAUCUGUAGAAAAAAGGAUAUAUGUGUGGGAAAAAUUAACGGUUCGGUCACACACCCAAUAAAAAUUCAGCAUUUAGCAUUUUGGUAACUAACAUUAGCGAGGAUAUCAGAAAAUAGGAAACAAAAACAGGUCUGCGAUUUGGAUAUAGCUGGAAGUUAGACCAUAUGGACGACUUGCAAAAAAUUAUAACGUAUGAUAUUAAACUAGCUUAAUAAUUUACAGGCAGCAUUCUAUGAAAACAAUUGCAGAUUUCUUUCGAUUCGUUUCGAUUCCCCCUAUUCCCAAUUGAGAAGAUUAAAAUAAUUGUACUUUUCAAAUAAAAUACAACGCGUUUAAAAACCCAAAAGGAUAAAGUCAAUCAGAAAUCAAUGAAGUACGCAAACAAAUCACGAAAUGAACAAAAUGAAAUGAACAAAAUUGAAAACCUCUCGGCCAUGUUUGGAUAAUUAUCUCGGUGUAAACAUUCAGGACAAAUUUACAAAAACAAAAACCAAAAAAAAAUACAAAAAUAUAAAGAAGAAAAUACUUUAGGAUUAAAAAGAAAAGGGAAAACACGAAUUCAAAAUCCAAAAAUUAUGAGCAAAAUUACUAAAUUUUGGAACACAAAAUUUCGUAAGAAAAUACUUAAUCUGUUUAUCUGCUCAAGCAGGGCAUUUCCGCUCUGCACGGGCAAGCAGUUUAAGGGCAAGCAGGAGACUUAGAAGAACGAAAAGCAGUUUAAGACCAGAACGGGGAAUGGAAAACUUUGAUGGAAAUUUUGAAAACGUGUUGGAAAAAUAUCAGAAAAAGUACAAGCUUAUUUUAAGCACCUUCGCGCCUUAUCUUUAAGAACGUAAAUAAAUCAAUGAAAAAUACGAAAAAAAAAAAUGAAACAAAAAAGCGAAAGCAAACCAAAAACAGAAACUUAAAUUUAAAUAAAUUUAAUACGAAAAAUUGUACAUUUAGAAAUUACGAGCAAAAUUAAGCGGGAAAUUGCAAGUUUCGAUACAUCUCCUGGUAGUUAACCUUAUCUAAGCUUAAGUUUCAUCCGUGACGAUCCGAUCGAAAUCCGAUCGAACCCGGGCACGGUUACUGCAAAGCUAAUUUAGUUUCCCUUAGUUCGGGUUUUGUGGAAAAUCUGCCUUAAAUUGUAAACUAAAUAAACAGCAGAGAAAAGGAUGAAAAGAAAAAACAGUAGAAGAAACACAAGAACAUGACUAGUCGACAACUGAAGCAGUAAUUGGAACCAAGUCUUUGGAACAGUUCCAAUACUCGCUGACAAUUGAAACCAAAUAAGCAAGAAACAAAAUUCAAAAUCAUCGCAGCAGCAGAUUUCAAAAUUUAAAAAAAAAAUAAGGAUAAACAAAAUCGAAAAACCAAACGAAAUUUACAAAAUUCUUAAUGGCGGUUCCAGCCGCAGCAGAUGUAUGAAAGGUUUUCUCUAUGUUAAAGGAAGAAUCCAAAAAAAAAUAACGCAAAAAGUAUGGAGUAAAGUUAAUUUGUGUUCCCUAAAACUCUGUAAAUGUUUAGAUGUAUGAAAAUAAAAAAACAGUCGUGGACACUCAUUAAGUUAGGUUUUUGGUGGGGCUAAGACCGAAUCCAAA